AUGGAACAUGGCAUCAGAUCCGCGUACCGGGAGCCACCACAAGCUCCCCCGGUGUUCACCAGAGACAAGGAUUCGCUCAUUCGAGAAGCCGAGGCCGUGAAUAGAAAAACAAAGGCGUUAUUGGAUGAGAUUUCGAGCGCAUUUACCCCAGAAAAUGCCACAUUCGCCGAGGUUGCUGAAGCCAUAGCUCGAAAGUGUCCCCUGAUCCUGAAAUGCGAGAGUAUUCUAGAAAAGCCGACGACAUUAUCGACAAAUUCGAUGACAGUGUUAUACUGCGCCAAGACAUAUUUAAUCUUAAGGGAAGGGUCUGGCGAGAAUGAAGGAAUGCUCCGGCUUACGUUCAAAUACCCACAUGUUCAUCCCACUAUUGAACAUGCGACAAAUCCCGAGACACGCAAACGUGUGUUUCUCGCCAACGACAACAAGCUUGCGCAAAAUGCUGCAGUGUUCAAAGAAACACUUCGUCUACGAGAUGAAGCCGCAAGACUUUUGGGGUUUGAAAACCAUGCCGAGCGGAAACUUGACGGUAGCAUGGCUAAGAGCCCGAAAGUCGUCCAGGGCUUUUUGGAUGAUCUACAUGCCAGACUCGUGCCCGGCGCGCAAAAGGAACUCGAUAAGCUCAAAGGACUCAAGGCUGAGCACUGCAAGAAGCACGGAAUACCUGAUGAUGACGAGUUCUAUGUAUGGGACAGAACAUACUACAAGCGCAUACUGCUGGAGGAAAGCCACAAUGUGGACCAGCUCAGGAUUGCUGAGUAUUUUCCUCUUGGCGAGACCGUGGACGGCAUGCUCAGAAUCUUUGAAACAGUCAUGGGUCUGGUAUUCGUCAAGUUGGAUGAUGGCGAUCUAGCGAGACUGAGCCUAACUGGCAGCGCUGAAGAUGCCAAAUGGCACGAGGACAAUAUCGUGUACAGCGCCUGGGAAGACGAAACUGGCGGCAGUACGUUCCUAGGCUACCUUUACAUGGAUCUUCAUCCGCGCCAGGGCAAAUACAACCACCAGCAGCAGUACAACCUGCAGCCUGGUUUCACACUCAACGACGGAACGCGACACUUUCCCUCUGCCGCGCUCAUCUGCAAUUACAGCUUCCCGACACCCGGCAGGCCCUCGCUGCUCAAGCACCACGAGGUCGUCAAUCUCUUCCACGAACUGGGCCACGCCUUGCAUAAUAUAACCAGCAAGACGCGCUACUGCAAGAUGCACGGCACGGCAGGCCCCCGCGACUUUGUGGAGGUGCCAUCGCAAAUGCUCGAGCACUGGUGCUGGACGCCGAGCGUGCUACAAUCGCUCUCGCAGCACUGGGAGACAAAGGCGCAGAUGCCGGAUGACUUGCUGCAGAGCUUGAUCGCGUCAAAGAAUACCACUGGGGCGUUGGAUACACUGCGAGAGCUGCGCACGGCCAAGUUCGACCUGAUGUGCCAUAUGCCCAAGAGCCCCGAAGAGGCAGCGAUGCUCAACCCGGCCGUCAUUUUUAACGGAUUGGGAGCCUUCCUCGGCCUUAUCCCCGGGCUAGAAAUAGAGACAAAACGAUUGGACUGGGGACACGCAUACGCCAACUUUUCUCAUUGGAUGGGCGGCAUGGAGUCGAGCGUUUACGGAUAUCUGUACUCUCAAGUAUACUCUGCCGACAUGUUCUACUCGGCGUUUAAAGAGGAUCCGAUGAGCACAAAGCAGGGACGUCGAUAUCGACACGCCGUGAUUGAAAGGGGCAAUACCCGAGAUGAGAUGGAUGGUUUGAGGGAGUUUCUUGGGAGAGAGCCCAACGCAGAAGCGUUUUAUGAGGAUUUGGGAAUUUCGAUUGGGCCAAUUGUUGCUCACUCGAGCGACAGAGCGGCCGGAAACUAG